UUAAAACCAAGCGUGAAUUUCAAGGCUGUCUGAGACAUUCCUAUUUGCCGCAUAAAACCCAGAGUUGAUCUGAGGGAUCGUCAGUUGCAACGUGGGCUACGCAAAGAGAAGCGGAGAGAGCAGUUAACUGGAAACAAAACAAUAUUUACACAAAAUGAGAGCCGCAUCGUACACCCAGAAGAGCCUGCAAGUUAGCGGCUCUGGCAGCAGAGUAAGGGUUCAGAGCCCUUCGCCAUCCCGGUGCCGUGGAUCCUCGUACGACAGUCGUGGACGCUCAGGAUAUCGUGGCACUGCCAUCGAGUUGGGUACAGAGAUACACCAGCAGCAUGCCAAUGAGAAAGAGGAGAUGCAGGAACUCAACGUCAAGUUUGCAGGAUACAUCGAAAAGGUCCAGGCACUUGAGCAGAGAAAUGCUGCUCUCCACGCUGAGCUGGCGUCCCUACAGAACCGCUACAAAGGAGGCCCCACAGGCAUCGGGGAAGAAUAUGAGCUCAAGUUUAAAGAGGUGCGAGAGCUGAUUGAGUCCCUGACUAAUGAGAAGGGAGCCGCUGAUAUUGAGAGAGGCUACAUUGAAGAAGAGGUUGAAGUAUGGAGACUAAAGCUGGAGGAGGAGCUGGCACUUAAAGAAGAGGCCGAAAUGAUUCUUAGGGAGUUUCGCCAGGACGUUGACAACGCAACACUGCAGAAGGCUGAGCUGGAGAGGCGCAUCGAACAACUGGUGGCUGAGAUAGAGUUUCUCAAGAAGCUGCACGAUGAAGAGGUGGCUGACCUCAUGAAGCAAAUAGAGGACGCAAAGAUCACUGCUGAACUCGAUGGCGAUCGUCCUGACCUGGCAGCCUACCUGCGCAACAUGCGUGCAGAGAUCGAGUCCGUCGCUGCCCGCAAUGUCCAGGAAGCUGAGAAAUGGUACAAGAGCAAGUUUGACACCCUCAAGGAGCACGCUGGCAAACAUGAAGACCAGAUGAAGACCAUGAAAGACGAGAUCUCAGUUUUCCACAACCAAGUGACAGACCUGCAGAACCAGAUCGAUGGGCUGAGGGCUCGCAACGCUGCUCUGGAGCAACAGCUUGAGGAUAUGGAGAUGGCCCACAUCGAUAAAGUGGGAGGCCUAGAGGUUAUCAUCGCUCAAUUGGAGGCCCAGCUCUGCGAAACCAAGCUAGAGAUGACCAAGUAUCUCCAAGAUUAUCAAGAACUGCUGCACAUUAAGCUCAAGCUGGAUGCAGAGAUCGCCACAUACAGGAAGCUGCUGGAAGGCGAGGAGCAGAGGCUCGGGAUUGCCAAAGAUGUCUGAAUGUCCAGGGUAAGAGGAGCAGGAGGUCUGAAGCAGCGGCAGAGCAUCGUGGAGUGAAGAGAUUCUCUCUCAGUUUAGUCAAAGACUCUAAAUUCUUUCCUUUCUUAGCCAUUCUGUCCCUGUCUCACUGUCCUCAUGAGGAUGGCUGGGUAUUAUUUAAAACCUUUCACUACCACUGCUGACAUCUAAGUUUCAGAAUGGCUACUAAAAUGGUGCUUAUCUUAAAAUUUUAUCCAAAUUUCAACAAAUAAAGCCAACACUAGACAUUAAACAUGUCAUAUUUUCCUAAUUGUCUACAAUUGGCAGAAAUAACCCCCAAUAAAAACUGAGGGAAAUAUCAGAUAUAAUUUGCAAUGUGUUCCCAAGAUUUUGAUCAGGAUUGAUCGGAAAAAAGAGGCAAAAUAACAAAAACGAUAAGAUAAUUAAUCUCAGCAGAAACUUGAUGCCACCUUACUGUACUUGACAUUUCUGGAUAUUCUGGUGUCAAAGGCACAUUUCUCUCAAUACCAGAAAUGUUUUGAGGUUUAAUACCCAGGCCUCCUUAACCCAAUCAUUUACUUUCCCACACCCUGACCCCAUUGUUUUUAAGCAUCUACGCGUUCGCCUGCAUUCCAGUCCUUGGUACUGCAAUUUUUUUCCUCCAUUCACUGCCUCUCACUCAAAUGUUUCGGGCCUCUCUUCUUCAUUCUACUUAUUUUCUUUACUCCUGCUCCUAUUCCUGCCCACGCACACCCCUGUUUUGUCACCACCCUUUGCUGAAGUUUUUCAAUUUAUUGCCAUCAGUGCUUCUUGUGAUCAACGUUUUGAUCUCACCACCCUCACAAUGAAAUACUCCUGUUCUGCCUGGAUGUGUCACAAUCUCAGCCCAAACACAGCAGGACAAAUAGCCCCAGAUAAUUUCAAAUGUUUUAAAGACACAACUAUUGAUCAUUUACACUAAUGUUGACCAACUGGUUCCUAAUAAAGAUUGAAGUGAGUGCAUACAAAUAA